CUGGGGCGACUUAAUGACCUGCUCGCAUGCACGCUGCGCACGCAGCUGCACCCGAGGACCCCGAGCCGUUAGAAGAGUAACAAAAUACCCGUCCGCUCCCAACUUCCUGCCUCGCCGUAAAAAAACUUAACAGGUCUUUCUGGAGACCCAUUUGUAGCCAUUUCUUGUUAUUGUCUCUGUGACCCCAAAUUCUAAGUGCCUGCCUGCACUCAUUACGUGGCUGGGGGCAUCUUUUAUAGAUGUCAGCCAGUGUAUUUAGCUGCGCCCCAAUCAUUUAUUCAUGACGAGGACAGCAGGCUACUCACCCGCCGGCGCUUAGCAAGUGGCAUUGUGCUGUCAUGAGUUUUCAUAUGGAUGAGGCCUUUGUAUUAGCCUCGCAUUCUAAUGUCCUGCACACACACACACCACUGACUCACAGUCCAAACACACACACGCUCACAGGCUCAACCCUUUGUGUCUUCCCUCGUCCUCUGCCAGACUUUUAAUACAGAGCACGAUGACUCGAUCAUGAUUGGUGGGCCGCGCUCCCUGAACGAGUGGAACGAUUCGUUGGGCUCGAAAUGGGUCACUUUUUGGAAAUGGAGCGUCCGAUUGAGUUUCGUACGCCGGGAAAGGGGGGAAUGUCUGACGCUGGAAAACUCUGGAUGUGUUCUGUGUUCCCGAAGCUAAAGUGCUUCAACCAUACAUCUGAUUGACCUCUCCCCCCUCUUUUGUUUCCAGGGAAGAUUCUGUUCAGAAGAAGCCACAUCAGGGAUGUGGCCAUGAAACGUCUGAGGCCCAUCAACGAGUACUGCAGGGCUCUCAUCCAGCUACCGGUGUACAUCUCUCAGUGUGAAGAGGUCCGCUUGUUCUUCGAGACCCGACCGGAAGACCUGAACCCACCCACAGAGGAACCCAUUGGAAAGAAGAAAUCAGGCCUUGUGGAACGAGCGACUACUUUCCUAAAGCGAGGAGACUCCACCUCGGCAGACGCCCUGCUGCUGGGUCAGUAUGUGGCGGUCACCGACUACGAGAAGCAGGAGAGCUCCGAGAUCAGCCUGCACGUGGGCCAGGUGGUAGAGGUCAUCGAGAAGAACGAGUCAGGAUGGUGGUUUGUGAGUUCGGAUGACGCCCAGGGCUGGGUUCCUGCCACCUGCCUGGAGGCUCAGGAUGACCCCGACGACUUCUCCUACCCGGGAGAGGAAGAGGAGAAGUACACGGUGGUGUAUCCGUACGCGGCGAGGGACCAGGACGAGAUCGACCUGGAGAGGGGCAUGACCGUGGAGGUCAUCCAGAAGAACCUGGAGGGUUGGUGGAAGAUCAGGUACCAGGGGCGCGAGGGCUGGGCCCCCGCCUCCUACUUGAAGAAGGCGGAUGUCUUGACCCAGAAGCUGGCGUCGGGCGCGGCGGGGCACGCCAGCACCAACGACCUGGACGCGUUCUCCAAGCAGAACGCGGGCCAGCCGAACAACGCCGCCGCCGCCAAGGACGGCGGGCAGAAGGAGCCGCGCUUCUCGCCGUUCUCCGACGGCAAACGCAAAGGCGGAGCAAGGCAGAGGCCCCCCCCACGCAGGGACCUGACCAUCCCGAGGGGGUCAAACUUGCCCAAGCCCCCCACCCCCCCUCAAGUCGAGGAGGAGUUCUACACCAUAGCAGACUUCCAGACCACCAUCCCCGAUGGCAUCAGCUUCCAGGCAGGGAUCAAGGUGGAGGUGAUCGAGAAGAACUCCAGCGGCUGGUGGUACAUCCAGAUAGAGGACAAGGAGGGCUGGGCCCCCAUCACCUUCAUUGAUAAAUACAAGAAGACCAGCACGGCCCUGCGCCCCGGCUUCCUGGCUCCUCUACCCAAUGAGAUGGAGAAGCUCAGGCAGGAGGAGGGCCCCGCCAGCGGGGCGGGGCCCGAGGACAGCUGGUCCAAGCCCCUCCCGGACGAGCCGCCCUCUACCUCAGAGUCGGCAGCCCGGCCCAAGCUGAGGGACUGGAAGGCCAGCGCCAGCAAGGGGGCCGCGGCCUUCUCCGGGCCCCUGCCCCCGGCCCCGUCGGCCCCGCCGGCCGAGGAGAAGCCGGCCCUGCCCCCCCGUAGGGAGUCCAUCAACAAGAGCCUGGAGGUGGAGGUGCUGGAGAAACCGCGGCCGGACCUCUCCAAGCCCCUGCCCCCCAAACCCCCAGCCCCCGGGGUCAUCCUGCCUCUGGUCAGCCCCAAGGCCCCGCCCUUCAAGCCGGACAAACCCCCCGAGCCCAGGAAAGAGGACAAGAACAAGGCUUUGCACCUCCGGAACGAGAUGGGCCUGGAGUGUGGCCACAAGGUCUCGGCCAAGGAGGUCAAGAAGUUCAACCUGAAGCCCGUGGCCAGGCAGCCGCCCAAGCCCAAGCCCGACCCCGCGGAGGAGAAGCCAGAGGCCGCCGGCCCGCCUCUCUUCGUCAAGCCCAAACCCAUGAUCCGACCCAAACCCGUCCCCGCAGCCAAACCGGAGCCUCCGGCUGAGAAGCAGUUGGACAUCACCAACCUGAGGAGCAAACUGAGGCCUCCCAAACCGGCAGAACCAGGCUCCGGAUCGGCCGAGCCCAGCCAGCAGAAUGGCACCUCGACCCCGGCCGGCGCCCCCAACAACGGCCCUCCUCACCCCCCUCCCCCUCACUCCCCCCUCGGCCACAGCGCUCUCAACAACGGCAGGGCGAGCGAGGAGCCUCGUUUCCCCCCCAAGCAGCUGAACGGCCACAGGCCUGAAAGCCCCGAUCCCCCCAAGCCUGCCAUGCCCCCGCACAAAGACCCCCCCCAGAGACCCCCCUCGGGCCCCCGGAGACCCCCCCCGCCGAAAAAGACCCCGGACCCCUCCAGCCCCACCGAACCCAAACCCCCUCCGCCCCAGAAAGACACCCCGGACCCCCCCAAGCCUGCGCCCCCCCAGCUGAGCAGACCGCCUCCCCCGAAGCCCAAGGCCUUUGUGCUGCCGCCCAAAGACAGGGAGGAGGCUCCCAAGCCCAGGGUGCCGGUGGCCCCUAAGCCCCAGCUGAAGAGUGACAAGCCGGGGCCCCCGCGGGACAAGUUGCCCCCCCUGCUCAAAGAGGCCAGCAAGGAGGAGCUGUACCUGGCCGUGGCGGACUUUGAGGGCGACGACCAGACGGCGGGCUUCAAGGAGGGCACGGUGUUCGAGGUGAUGGAGAGGAACAGCAGCGGAUGGUGGUUCUGUAAAAACACGGGAGAGGGCCCCCAGACGGAGAGCUGGAUCCCAUCCAACUACCUGAGCAAGAAACCCUAGCCUCCCAGGGUCUAUGGCACCCACUUUUUUUUUUUUUUUUUACAUAAACAGUCCCUAUUUGUAUUUAAUUAGUCACUAUUUUAUUUAUAGGUACCUUUUUUAUUCGUUUGUCACAUUCCAUUUUUGUUUUUAUAUUGGAGUGAGAAUGAGCCAGCAAAUUCAUACGUGUUACACAUUUUGUUGGAUUUCGUUUUGUUUACUUCUGGUUUUGUCUCCAGCUCUUAAAAUACCCCGACAACAAAUCAGAGGCAAAACCCAUUUAGACUGUUGUUCACCUUUAGUGCCAUAUGUUACUCCCAGCCUAUAGUGUACUUUUUUACUGUAUCACAAGCUGUAUUAAAACAACAGUAUUUAUGUAUCUCCAUGCCUUCUAUGAUAUCGUGCCUCGGCAUAUUUGAAUAUGCAAAGUGCUUCCAGCUUCAAGUAUAUGCAGUUUAACAGGAUAGUGUCUCUUUUAGGAUAUUAAACAUGCCUGAUACUAAUUUGUAGAGUUGAUAAUGCAGAUGGUAAAAAAAGGCCAUUCUUUGGGAAUGAGGCAAACGCUCAAAUCCAGCCAAAGUUAAAUCAAGGGUCCUCAAAGAACAUUUCAUUGAAGUUAAAACAGAGGUUGCAGAGGGAGUUCAUGAGGACAUUUGCAAUGUUCGAAUACUAACACAUAACCCCCUCAGCAGAAGUGCUUGCCAAGUAAAUGUAACAUUUUACACAGUAACAGUGUUCCAUGCUUUUGUAAAAAAAAAAAAUAAUUCAUCUUCUGUUCUGCAUUAUGAUGUUGCAGUGAUCUGGAACAGGUCCCUUGUCAUAUUGCAGUCCAGGUUUGCACACUGUGUCUUGUAUAGAAGGGAGAGAGGAGAAAUAUGCCAUAGUGGAACCACAGUCAAGUGAGACACAUUGACCCGGAGGUUUCUGGAAGCCGGACUACAGAGACACAUGAAAUGGGACCGGCUUGUUGUUUAGUGUUUAACUCAGACAGCAACCAUUCACCGGCCCCAAAGCGAAUCAGGAAAUCUUCACUGAUUCGUGCAACGAUACUCACAACAUUUAGGAGAUGGUGCUCGUUAUUCUCAGCAGAAUCAUAGAGAAAUGUUUUACAUGAGUGCUUGACUGGUUUCAAGCACGGACGCCGUAGCAAAGUAGUUUUUAUUGGACUUCCAGAAUGAAGUCGUAUGUAUCCGCUGUUGUCACUUUUCUGUCAACUUUAAUCUCUUAUUACUAUGGAGGUGCGUAGGGAACUAGUGCUGUUGAGGAAGGGAACAGGGUGGUUUUUGGUCAUACUGGAUUGAAAUUGAUGGUUGGUUGGUUGGUUGAUCGGAAGGGCGGCCAUCUUGCUUAUCCCUUUCAGUGUCUGGGCAGGCUAGGGUGCUGGUGGAUAUGGGUUCUUGAAAGGGUCGUUGACAAGGCUGGGAGUGCCUGGAGAAGCUCGUAAAAUGACCAUCUACUCCUAGUUGCUAUGAAACGUUGUUUACUCUCCCACAGAACGACCUUAUAAUACGGAUGUGGUCGCAAACCGAAACAUUUAGAACCGUUGGCCCAGGUCGUGGGCUCAGACAGGCAGAUAGGAAUCAGUCAUUAAUUCCAUUUCUAACUACCCAAACACAGCUUCCAAGUAACUAUCCAGCCUUUGACGGACAUGUUUGAAAUGGCUGUUAUUAGUGUGUUUGUCCUGGCUCCAAUACUAAAUGGGGGAGAGAUAACACUAGGCCAACUGUUACGUCUGGUAACAUAUGCUGUUAUGGAAAAUGUCUAGACAUAAUUGGAAUGUGAGAGUACAGCAGGUACUGAGGGGCUUCUGGUGGUUUCUACAGAAAUGUUUACUGAGGGAUUGUGGGUGAGGUUGCAGGUAUGCGAAUGCUUCGUUGCAAGAGAACAGCUGUGUUUGAGAGUAUGUAUGUUAAGUGUUUUGUUAAUAAUCCUCCCCCACAUCUCAAUACUGAAACUUUGAUUUGCUUUUUCUUGUGUACUUUCCCCUUCAUGGACUAUUUUGCUUCAUAUAAAAAUCAAUAAACGUUUCUCAUUUUUCGAUGGUUUUACAUUUGUCCCGUCAUUAUAACUCGGUAGGCCUGAUGCAAGCAAUAUGAAAAAAAACAAGACAAAGACAUUUAUAGAUACUAGAAAAUCUGCAUUUAUUAGAAUUUUAUAUACACAACAGUGGCUCCAUCUUCUGGACAGUCACAUUCACUGCAUCCCUCAUACAAAUAAAGAGUUAAGAAUUGAAAGAAGAACAAGACCAGAAUCAGUCAUAGCAUAUGACCACAAACAAAGGAGGAAAUGUUAAAAGCAAAUGAAGACAUCCUCUGAGUAAGGAAGAGGAUGUGAGAGAGGCAGGCAGGAUAUACAGCUGUACCUGAUGACUGGCCUGAUGACAUGGCAACAAGCCAAAACUGGUUGAGAAAUCAGCUCAAUUUUCUUUUUUUCCAAAGCAGCCGAAAAUAGUUCCACCGCAUGAAGUUUCAGUACAAAGUAUGGACACGAUGCUAUACUCCCUAAAAUAAUGUAAUAUCGGCCUCUAUGUGCAAGGAAACCAACAAACAUCUUAAAGCCAAAAGAUAUUGCACUUUGGUUAGCUGACAGUGCAUUGAAAAUGAACAUAACAAAUAAAGAUAAACUUUAAGUCAUAUUUUAAAACUAAAAGUAUUAAGAUCCUUCAAAGAAGACGACAGUAUUCUGCUUUGGCUUGGUCAGUUGUCAUCCAGUGUGCUAGAUUGAACAGUUACAGUAAAAACGCAGCAAGGAAACAAGACAACAUUUCAAAUAUACUCUUAUUUAAGUCCAACAAAAUAAUAAAUCAUUAAAAACAUAAUUCCCCUCAAAAAAAA